AGAAGCUGCAGACCAGAAUCGGAGUGAUGGUGUGCAACCUGUGGGAGGGGGUGUCGGCCUCAACAGCUAAUCCUCAGAGUGACCAGGAGACGUCAGCCCAGCGGUGAGAGGUGCACCCUGUGACAUGCAGUGAUAGCAUGCUGAGCCAAAGUUCACAGAUGGAAGAUUGGGUGAGGGGAGUAAACAGGGCUUGAAACCCUGAAGUGUUGAAGAGACAGGUUGUAGAUGAAAAAUCUUAAUAUGGACCAAGAAUGUGAAAUGCGCAAGAAAAAGCAAGAGGAAACCCAAAUCCUCAUCAAUACACCUACAAGUUUGCCCCAGGAGGACUCAGAGGCUGUUCAGUGACUCAGCAAUAUCAGUGACAGAGCAGGGCCCCUUUAGAUGAUCCGAUAAAACUAAGGCCUGGUCUACACUAGGCGUUUAUGUCGAAUUUAGCGCCGUUACAUCGAAUUAACCCUGCACCCGUCCACACUGCGAUGCUAUUUAGUUCGACAUAGAGGUCUCUUUAAUUCGACUUCUGUACUCCUCCCCGACGAGGGGAGUAGCGCCAAAUUCGACAUGGCCAUGUCGAAUUAGGCUAGGUGUGGAUGGAAAUCGACGCUAAUAGCUCCGGGAGCUAUCCCACAGUGCACCACUCUGUUGACGCUCUGGACAGCAGUGCGAGCUCGGAUGGUCUGACCAGCCACACAGGAAAAGCCCCGGGAAAAUUUGAAUUGGAAUUCCUUUUCCUGUCUGGCCAGUUUGAAUCUCAUUUCCUGUCUGGACAUCGUGGCGAGCACAGCAGCACUGGCAACGAUGCAGAGCUCUCCAGCAGUGAUGGCCGUGCAGUCUGUGAAUAGAAAGAGGACCCCAGCAUGGACUGAUCGGGAAGUCUUGGAUCUCAUCGCUGUGUGGGGCGAUGAGUCCGUGCUUUCCGAGCUGCGAUCCAAAAGAAGGAAUGCAAAGAUCUACGAGAAGAUCUCUAAAGACAUGGCAGAGAGAGGAUACAGCCGGGAUGCAACGCAGUGCCGCGUGAAAAUCAAGGAGCUGAGACAAGGCUACCAGAAGACCAAAGAGGCAAACGGACGCUCCGGAUCCCAUCCCCAGACAUCCCGUUUCUAUGAGGCACUGCAUUCCAUCCUCGGUGCGGCCGCCACCACUACCCCACCAGUGACCGUGGACUCUGAGGAUGGGAUAGUCUCCACGGCCGGUUCCUCGGACAUGUUAGGGGACGGGGAAGAUGAGGAAGGAGAUGAGGAGGGCGAGGCAGUCGGCAGCGCUCACAACGCUGAUUUCCCCGACAGCCAGGAUCUCUUCAUCACCCUUACAGAGAUCCCCUACGAAGCGUCCCCAGCCGUUACCCCGGACACAGAAUCUGGGGAAGGAUCAGCCACCCCAUCUGCGACUGUCUCACAACCUAGCCUGGAAUCACACUCCCAGAGGCUAGCGCGGAUUAGGCGUAGGAAGAAGAGGACACGGGAGGACAUGUUCUCUGAGCUUAUGGCCUGUUCCCAAGCCCAGGCAGCACAGCAGACCCAGUGGCGGGAGAACUUGACCCGAAUGCACCAAGCCAACAUGGAUCGGGAGGAGAGGUGGCGGCAGGAAGACCAGCAGGCAACUCAAACGCUGCUUGGACUACUGAGGGAGCAAACGGACACGCUCCGGCGCCUUGUGGAUGUUCUGCAGGAAUGGAGGCAGGAGGACAGAGCCCCGCUGCAGUCCAUCUCUAACCGCCGUCCCCUGCCACCAAGUCCCACACCCACCUCACCCAAAGUGCAAAGAAGGAGAGGCGGCAGAGUCCCUGCUAAGUCUCACUCCACCCCUGCAGAGAGCUCUAGUAGCAGAAGGCUCUCAUUUCCCAAAAUUUGAAAAGUUCUUUCCUUCCCGCCUGACACAAGCCCCCGUCCAAGUUUCACCUCCCAAUGCCAUGUGUAGUUGAUAAUAAAAAGUACGUUUCUGUUAACUACUGUUUCAAUCAUGUUCUUUUGGAGG